AUGAGGCCGGCGUUCCCACCGCCGCGGAGGAGCUGGCUUACGGCCAGACGCACAGCCACGCUCGACAACGAGUACUCGGAUGACGACGGUAUCGACGAGAUCUCGAGGACGGACACGGAGCUGGACUGCGUCAGGAGGCUGGCUCGUGACAGCGAGCGCUAUUACUCGACCGAGCAUUUCUCGCUUAAGCUCGACGCCGCCCGCAAGCAGCAGGGAGCUGGCGUCAUGCGGGCGCUGAUUCGCCGUUCCAGCCGGAUGUCGAUGGCGCACGUGAGACGGUCGCACGUCGACGAUGAGCACGUCCCAUGGCACGUGCCCUUUCCUGGCUACGCCCCAGCCAGCUCCGGCUUUGAGCUCGCAGCAGAUCCUCGCGCCGGGUCCGGCCUCAAUCCAGGCGGCCGCACCGGGCUGACGGGUGGCUGGGACGCGUCCGCAGUCGCAGGGGCGAACUACGUGGUCGAUCCCAUCAUCACCCGAUUCCAGCCGGGGUCAGGCCAGCGUCGGCUCCAGCUGCUCGCGGUGCUGCGGCUCGACUGCGAGGAGUGGGCCAUACCGGGCGCGACGCUGAGGGCUUCGCCGGGCGGCGGAGGCUGGGAGUCCGACAAAACGGCGAUGGUGCGUGGGCUUCGCGAGCAGGGCGUCGACGUCGUCGAUCUUGCCGAAGGGGGCACUGCGAGGCCAGUCUUUCGUGGCUACGUCGAUGACGCCCGCAACACGGACGACGCGUGGAUCGAGACAACUGUGCGACAUUACCACCUGGCCGACCUCGGGCAGGGCGAGAUCCAAAGCCCGGGCGUGAAGUGGGUGGACAUAUCGCCCCAGGUGCCAAUCUACCAGCCGCACCGCGCCUGGGUGCACCACGUCGCCGACGAGAUGCUCAAGGUGCCGCAAAUCGAGCGGCAGAUGCGCGGCUUGUCCUUGCAGUUUGUCUUCCGGCCCGUGCCGGCGCUCUGGAGCGACCCCGAGACUUUGCGGCUCAUUGCCACGAGCUCAGACCACAUCUCGGGGAGCGAGAUGUCCCGCACCGUCGUGAACACGGUGCGAAUAGUAGCGGCGGACGCGUAG